CAAAUGUACAAAAAUGGAAGGUGGGUACUACGCCUAUCGCAGUGAAGGCUUGCAAUAUCCUAUCCCGUUCGUCGAUGUUAUUCACUUUCAGAACCUCCAAAUUCCCAAUUCUCCCGCGAAAUCUCCUUAAUCCACCGUCUUCUUCUCUCUCACUCUCCCUAUUUCGCUUUUUUGGAUGACAAUGUCGUCCACUUUCGCUCCCUCCCCUCAUUUUCGCCUCCCAAUUUCGCAUUUCAAGCCGUCCCGCCAUGGCAGAGCCUCAAUUUUCUUCACCUUCGAUGAUCGGUGCCGCAAAUCCCUCAAUUCGCCAUCUAGAGGCACUUCCCGACGAUCGCUGCUCAUCUGUUGUUCUUCGUCCGACGGCGCGUCUGGUUCAGUUCCCUCUGGUGCUGAUAACACUCCCAGCAACUUCUGCAUCAUAGAAGGACCGGAGACCGUUCAGGAUUUUGUUCAGAUGCAAUUCCAGGAAAUCCAAGACAACAUUAGGAGUCGGCGAAAUAAAAUUUUUCUCCUAAUGGAAGAGGUUAGAAGAUUACGAAUUCAACAGCGGAUAAAGAGUCAAAAAGUUAUUGAUGAGAGUAACAAUGAAGAGGCGAAUGAAAUGCCUGACAUUCCAUCAUCUAUUCCUUUUUUUUCCCAUAUGACACCAAAGACGUUGAAGCAGCUAUAUCUCACCAGCUUAUCGAUUAUAUCAGGAGUAAUUGUAUUUGGUGGUCUUAUUGCCCCAACUCUGGAGCUAAAAUUGGGGUUAGGUGGUACUUCUUAUGAAGAUUUCAUCCGCAACAUGCAUUUGCCCAUGCAAUUAAGUCAAGUGGAUCCCAUAGUGGCGUCGUUUUCAGGUGGAGCAGUAGGUGUCAUUUCGGCUCUGAUGUUAAUUGAAGCUAACAAUGUUGAGCAACAAGAGAAGAAAAGGUGCAAAUAUUGUAAUGGAACUGGAUAUUUGGCGUGUGCUCGAUGCUCUUCAAGUGGCGUAUGCGUAAGUGCUGAUCCCAUCUCAUUAUCUGCCACUUCUACCCGCCCCUUACGAGUGCCCACAACUCAAAGAUGUCUCAAUUGCUCCGGUGCAGGAAAGGUAAUGUGCCCUACAUGUCUUUGUACUGGGAUGUUGAUGGCAAGCGAGCACGACCCACGAAUUGACCCGUUCGACUAAGCUUAACUUGUAAGUUGUUGUAACACUUGUUUUUUCAUCUCUCUUCAAACUUUAGUUUCAUGUUUGUCUUCAAACUGCCGAAUUUGAAAGUUUAUAUAAUAUAUA